AUGUUCAUACACUAUAAAAAGCUCCCGCCAGAGAUUCGCGCCGCAAUCUGGAAGCUGGCCUUUGGUGGCGGCCGCAUUGUCAGCACAGAGGCACUCAGACACACCCCACCAGCUGCCGCCUUGGCAAACAGGGAAUCUUGGGCAGAGUACACGAAACUGGAGUUUAUGGUGACACCUGGCGGUGGGCGCGUCUACUUUGACCCAGAGAUCGACAUUGUUGUCUAUUCGCGACUUACAGAUUACCCCCCCUGCCAAGGCGAGCCUCGACUGCAGAAUGACAUCCACCGAGAGUACCGCGGACACGUCGCAAAAACCAGCGGGAGCGGGCGCAUGCAACCCCCUCUCCUGCCCCAGCCCAUUGCGAACCCCCACCCGGGGCUCAGAACUGCCAUGAUGGUUACAGAGACAUCGUAUUCCGAAGGCCACACCCUGAUGACAUGGGAUCCUCUUACGCGCACACUUAAGGAUCUGAUCGAGAACCAUAAGCGAGACCCUAUAAUGAAGUUGCCCAAGAUUCUCAUAAAAAUUUUUCCGAAUUUGAGGACGUUGUGGCGCGCGGGAAGCUGCCCGUGGAGUUGUCAAUACGCCCGCGACCCUUCCACGGCCGGUUGGCACCUCAAGUUUGUCCAAUUCCGAUACUACAGCGCGUCACAGCGCGUCAUGAUCAGGGACAUGCCAAAGCCUGCCAGACGCGAAUUCUGGAGGAUCCAGAGGCACGUCACGCAAAGCCGCAUCGAACAACCGUCGGCUUACAGAGUCGUGGCGGCCAUCGACAUCAUCCGUGAGAGGGAUAUCGCACCUGCCGACAUGACGGAUGGUUGGAGAAUCGUGCGGACGUUCGAAGAGGAAACGGCGGGAGGUCAGGAUAAGCUACAGUAUGACCUCCUUCCUGACAGGCUUUGGUGGAUGAUCCUCGGGGGAGAGAUUGAUCGUUACAUUGGCUAG